AUGAGGAUGUCUGAUACUGUCACUGUAAAGGAGACGAGCGAGACCAUGAGGGGUCUGGAGACGGAGGAAAGCGGCUCCGUGCCGGCGGGCGACGAAAUCGGCGAGUCCGAGAGCCGGGGGCACGUCGAGCCCAACGGGGACGAGAACUGCUGCGACGAUAAGAGCGAAACACAGGGGCAAAUACCCGGACAGAGCGCAAAGCGGCCCAAGUCUAACGCAAAGUUAAAGUUAGUUCGGAGCCUGGCCAUUUGUGAAGAACCCUCUCCUCCCCCAAUUACCUCCGAACCGCCGCCAGAACAUCAGGAGGAGAUUCAGAUCAAGAUCUGUCAGUCGUUCGAGAAGGAGGACGCUCCAGCCAGUAGGAACGAAGAUGAUCGGGAGAAAAGUGCAGACAAGUUCGAAAAAUUGGAGAACAUGCAGCGCAAGAUGCUGUCAAGAGAUUCCAGUCAAGAAUACACCGACUCCACUGGCAUCGAUCUGCACGAGUUCCUGGUUAACACACUGAAAAACAACCAAAGGGACAGAAUGAUGCUGCUGAAGCUGGAGCAGGACAUCCUGGACUUCAUCAGUAACAAUGAGAGCCAGAGAAGAAAGUUCCCCCCCAUGACGUCCUACCACAGAAUGCUCCUGCACCGAGUAGCUGCUUACUUUGGCUUAGACCACAACGUCGACCAAACAGGCAAAUGUGUGAUCAUCAACAAAACCAGCAAUACGAGGAUACCAGAUCAGAAGUUCUCCGAACACUUCAAAGACGACAAGACGGACGAUUUCCAGAAGCGUUACAUAUUAAAAAGGGACAACUCCAGCAUGGACAAAGACGACAACUUGAUGCGAAUGAGGUUAAAAGAUGACAGGAGGAGUAAAUCAAUAGAAGAGCGUGAAGAGGAGUAUCAACGGGCGAGAGAGAGAAUAUUUGCUGACGGUUUGGAUAUGUUCCCGCUUGAUAAAAGGAUCCAGGAGGACGACGCCUGCAACACCACUCAGCAGAGGCGACAGAUUUUCAGGUUGAAACAUGGGCGCUCGGGGAACGGGACAAGCCGCCAGAGCAGUUCGGAGACCGAGGCUCGUUCCUCUGAGCCGCGGCCGUGGAGCAGCACGGACUCGGACAGCUCGAACCGCAACCUGAAGCCGGCCAUGACCAAGGCGAGCAGCUUCAGCGGCAUCUCGUUGCUCAUCCGCGGAGACAGCUCCAGCAGCGGCAAGAGCGCUUCACGCCUCUCUAAAACGGGUUCUGACUCUUCUAGUAGCGUAGGCUCAUCUACGGGCUCGCUCUCUCGCUCUCUGCCUCCCCCUCCUGUGGCUCCGUCCCUAGUCCAACUGGGCCACGCUGCGCCCUUGGCCUAUCCUACCGUCAGCACUAGUAGCAGUGUGUCCUGUGAGGGUGGCAGGAGCGGGGCGCCAACAACCGCAGCUAAUACUAGCUACUAUUUGCUUCCCCUGGAAGCAGCGGGAAUACCGCCUGGGAGCAUCCUGCUCAACCCGCACACAGGUCAGCCUUUUGUGAACUCGGAAGGCAGCGCCGUGGUCUACAGCCCCAACGUGGCUCCUCAGGCUUCCAGGCCCCAGCAGCCUUUGCCUCCUCCACCACCUCCUCCUCCUCCUCCACCACCUCUACCUCCCGGCCCCCACCAGCAUCAGUCUACAAAUCAUGUGAUGUCUCAGCAAGACAACCUGAGCACCCAGUUCAGUCACAUGAGCCUGGCACGGCAGCCGUCAGGCGAGGCCCGUGAUGCCCACACUGCCAUGUAUCCGUCCUCCAUGGUGCUCCAGGCUCCUCCUCCUCCUCCUCAGCAGGCCGGCUACAUGGGGCAAAGCAUGCCAACCCCAACCUACUCCACUCCUGCGCCAGGCCCGGUGCCCGUCAACCAGCCGGUGAUGCAGCAGCAGGGCUACAUGCAGCAGUCUAUGCAGCAGAUGCCGUGUUACUGCACACCAGGCCAGUACCCUCUGUCCAGCCAGCAGUAUCGGUCAGUUGGCGCAGUGCAGUACAAUAGCCCUCAGGGCCAGGCGAUGCCCCCUCCCCCUCCUCCUCCUGCUCCUACCCAACAGCCAGGUUACCAAACUGUGAUGCCAAAUCAGCAGCCGAGCUACCAGAGCGUGGUGCAGCAGCCGGCGAAUCAAACCCUGGUCGGAGGCCAACAUAGCAAUAUGGGGAAUCAAAUGCAAGGCAUGAUGGUCCAGUAUCCCUCAGUGCCAUCUUAUCAGGUAUCCAUGCCUCAAGGAUCCCAGCAGACAUAUCAGCAGCCUGUCAUUAUUCCCAGCCAGUCAAGCCAUGCGUCCAGCAUUCAGGUCUACUACAGUGUUAUACCACCAAACCAACAGAACAACAUGAGGUACGCAAUCAUCUACGGACCAGAGGCCUUCACCAGGAACUGCUAUUCUUUCAACUCCACAGUGGGAUUCCUACCCCCUCCGGGCACGGAGCAGAUGCCGUUCCCUCGCACGUCCUCCCCCUGCAGUUCCCAACAGAUUCCCGCCCAGCAGUGCUCAGGCGUGCCUCCUCCACCCCCUGGUAGCGGCAUGGUGAUGAUGCAGCUCACGUUACCUCCUGGCCAGCAGCCCCGGCCGCACUCGCCUCCUCAGUGGAAACACAACAAGUACCACAGCCUGGACCAUCAACGCAGCCAGAAAUCCAGCGACGUCUGCGGUCUAGACAGCUCCCAUAGCAGCGCUCAGCUCGGCAGCCCGUCCGCAUCCCCGGCGCAGUCGCCCGCUCCCUCCCACCUGACCAACGUCAAGAACGUCCGACCCGGCCUCGCCUCUCUUCCCAUCAUGCCUCAGUUCUCCAGAUCAGUUGUCCCAGGGCAAGGUGAUGCACGGUACCCUCUCCUCGGUCAGCCUCUUCAGUACAACCCUCAGAUUCGUCCUCCUUUGCUCCACGCGCCUUCCAUGGUCGCCAAUCACCAGGGCCCAGUGGGAAUUCGGCAUGGCGGUCGAGGCAGGAAGGGGCCCAGAAAGGCGCUCUCUACAGAUCUCAGUUGAUGGGGCAGGUCCAGGCGGUGACGCCGCUGCCCGGGGAUGACGGCUACAUGCGGGCCGACUACCUGUAGGGGAAACUGUGCACGGUGGGCCUCAAACGUACAGCACCCGUGCUUAGCCUCCUCCUCCUCCUCCCUUCUCGACCUCCGAUACAGCCCCAACCCUCCUGCCCACGGCCCCCACCAGGCACAGCGUCACGGGGGCAUCAUCCCCGGCACCCUGCAUUCUGGACGCAGCGAGCGGCCCGGCCUGAAGCGGCAAGAGCCAACUCUCAGUGAGAGUGUUAAGUGUAACCGAGCCCUACUGCGACCGUUACAGCACCAGCACCCCUCCCUUACUCACCCUCACCCUCAUCCUCAACCUCACCUCUUCUCCUUUCUGACUCCGAGUUGCCCGUUUCUUUUUAAUUUAUUUUUUUUUCCCUUACCAUUUUUAAGGAUACGCCUUUUCCUCCCUCCUGUCUCCACACUCUGGGUAUAGACACUUACAGGGGGGUGAGAAGUGUUGUCUUUGUGAUGUUUGAGGGGGUUUUUUGGGAAAAGGAACCCGAACUUCAGUUCAGAAAACCUCCUCUGACAGAUCAGACAUAAAUAAUGUCCUCUCUGUAUUUAACUGACUGGAACAUAUCAAAGGGCAACCUGUGGUUUUUUUUUUUUUUGUUUGUUUUUGGUUUUGACUAUUUCUACUUUUUUAAUUUUGCCUCUUUUUUAAACUUUUUUUUUUAUCUGUUACCAGACAAGUCCAACAUCGUUGUUUUUUUCCACCUUGUCCAGCACCGUUGAUCAUAUUUACCCCUGUCUGAGGCCCUCCUGGUGCACAGCUGCCCCUCCGUACCAGCCAUCACCCCUCGGUGUGGUCAAAUCACGGAGUCACCUCUGUGUUACGCGGCGGGUCUCAUGUUGUGCCUUCGAUAAGAGGCUGACUUCGCUUUUCUCCGUCCAAGAAAAACGAAGACGCCUCAGUGUCUAGUGUAAAACGACGACCCACGCAUUGUUUUUGUAAAUAAUUUAUACAGUAGCUAAAUAAUUCAAUUGUUUUCCCUUCCUCUGAAUGUCGGGAAAAGACAAAGGCUGUUUUUUGUUUGUUUGUUUGUUUUUGGACAUCCAACGAUUUUAACUUUUAUUUAAGACGUCACAGCGAAUCCUCCACUCAUCAGCUAUUUUAAUAAUCCCCGUCUCCAACGAUUCUACUGUCACCGAUUCUCUUCCUCCUAAACCUUGUCAGAACUUUUUCGUUUUUCAAAAUCUUUUAAAAAAUUAUAUACUGGGUCACUGGAUUAAAAAAAAAAAACACAAUUUGCACAUUUAUACAAUUCGCUAUAUAUAUAUAUAUAUAUAUAUAUAUAUAAAUAUAUAUAAAUAAAUAAAUAUAUUUUUCUUUUAUUUCUCAAUGAAAAGGUGUGGAUUCUGAAAGGCUGUUUAAUGUUUACUGGUGUCAUUUUUAUUUCAGUUUGAAAACCAAUAAAUGUUUACACC